UUUUCAAGUGCAGUUGUUUUUUUUUUGUUAGUUAUAAUAAUACGAUGUCUUCAGAACUUAAUGAAGUCAAGGUACAUGUACUACAUACAUCUCGAAGGCAGUCCGGUGGGCCCUCCAACCAGACUCCACAGGUGGCAAUGGAAAAGCGGACGAUGUCCACAGUGCCAAGUCGAAACAAAAAUUACGUAUAUGUGAAUAAUGGAUUUACCGGAAGCAUGAACAGUGUUAAUGCUAAUAUAGUACGAACGGAACCUCCAACCAGCGUUAUUCGCGAGCAAUACUGCGUGUGCUCAAAGUGGCCACGCGCUCAGCGCGUGCUAGCUAUAACUGUGGGAGUACUCGUGGGAGCCGUCAUAGGGCUGGCUGUCAGCGUAGGUAUCCUAGGGAAAGAUGUUCCAAAUUUGGCGAGCUCCUUACUGUGAUUACCUCUUGGUUAAAAAUGAAAAUGGAUCAAAAGUGCAUCGUGUGGAGCUUGCCUCACAAACUGCCGUGCGACUUUAGAUGUAAGUUUCGGUCCUUUUUGUGAUACAGUUAAGGGUUUAGUGAUUUAAUGUAAAUAGUUUCUUAUACUCAGUCGUACACGUUGUGUAUUCAUGGAUGAAACGUGAACACUUUGCCAGUACUAGAGACGAAGCCGGUGCUUCAUUUUACUGCUAUGCCGAAAGGUGCACAAGCGCGCACUGCGACACAAAUCCGCGGCAAAUUUUGAUGCUUAUUAAACAAAAACUGUAAAAUAAUGAGACACUCACGUUUCGUAUUAAAAAAUCUCACAAAAAACAUUAUUAGAUCCUUACAAUGGGCAAAGUUUACAUACGGCGGUGUAUUUGCAACACAAAAGUGUGCGCUUAGCCUAAGCACUCGUAAUUAAAAAAAAAUUCUCAUUGAUUAUCCAUAAAUUUUAAUCAAUACGAAUUCUGUCCUAAAUUGAUAACUUUCCCUACAAACUUUUCUAUAUCGUUUGAUUGGGACUGAUAAUUAAAUUAUUGAUCAACUUUUGUUAUUUUUAUACAAAUUACACUAACAAAGAUAGUCGAGAACUACAACACAAUAUUGUAAAUGAGAGUAGAUCCUACACUCAGUUCGUACAUCAUUGGACGUACUAAAUAUCUAAUCUGCUGCGUAAGAUCUUCAAAAGAAAUAAGCAUUAUUAUAAAAUACUUAAAUAUAAUUAGGUUUGACAAUAAAACAACAUAGCCUCUACUGCACUUUUUCUUAAUCAUCAGAUUAAAGCAUCUCCGGCCAGUUCAUGUGUCUCCAUUAAGUUGUGCUAAUAUAAAGUUUUUCCAUCCAUAAAUCUUUUCUUUCUUACUAAAAGAUAUAACAGCUUGUUAUAUCGAUGGAUGUGUCAAGGAAAUGUAAAAUUGUCUUAAGACUGAAUAUUUGAAGAUUAAUCGUUGUAAUGUUGAUUUAAUUAUUUUCUUUUAUAAAUUAUCACUUAUGAUAUUUAUCACUUAUUCGUCUAGCGUUAAUUUUUAUUGUCUUGUAUUGUUUACAGUAACACAAUUAUAAACAAAAGAUGAUAAAAUGUCAUGUAACAAUUUUAUUAUUUAUUAUUGUAUAUUAAA